AUGGCUUCCUCGAAUUCAUCAGCGGCUUUAUGCCGUCAGAUCGACAACACAAUGCGCGUCUGGGCUGGUUCAUGUCGAGGAGGAUUUGAUUUCACACUGCUGUUCGAGGAGACUAUUCUCCAGAUACUCCCAAUCGCCCUAAUCUUAAUACUGGUUCCGUUCCGGAUUGUUCAACUCUCACAGAAACGCCUGAAGGUCGUUGAUUCAUGGUUGCUUCUUUUGAAAUUGGCCGCUUGGAUAUUUCUACUUGGACUUCAAAUCACCCAAACUGCCCUCUGGGCUUUGACUUCUGCCGAUGCAACCAAGGCUUCGCUCCCCACAAAUGCAAUCUUGACCGUUGGUGUGCUGGGCCUCAUGGCACUCUCAUAUGCCGAGCACACACGAUCGGUCCGACCCUCUUCAAUUCUCAACGCAUACUUGUUCUGCAGUCUGCUUUUCGAUAUCGCACGGACCAGAACCUUGUGGCUACGAUCUGCAGACUCAUUCAAUGAUAUCAUUGCAACCGUGACCAGCGUCGCGGUGGGUGCCAAGCUGCUCGUUGGUAUUCUGGAAGCAGUGGAGAAGAGGAGCAUCCUCAAAUCGGAGUAUCAAGGCUACCCUCCUGAGGCGACAGCCGGCUUCUACAGUCAAGCUGUCUUUUACUGGUUGAACCCGCUGUUCAAGGUCGGCUUCAGCAGCAAUAUCUCCGUUGAGGACCUAUUCGUUUUGGACAAGGAGCUGAGCUCUGAAAGGCUCUUAGCUAUAUUUGAGGAGCAGUGGAGCAAAGUGAAAACAAAGACUCCCAACUCUCUCCAAUGGGAGUGCUUCAAGGCUGCUAAAUGGCCUCUUCUCACAGCUGUUCCAGCGAGAGCAUGCGUUGUAGCUUUUAACUUUUGCCAGCCUCUACUCUUGACUAGGUCACUCUCAUACUUUAACGAGCCGGUCAACAGUGCCACCAACAACGUUGGCUACGGAAUGAUUGGAGCUUAUGCUUUGGUUUAUCUUGGUCUGGGUGUUGCAAUGGGCCAGUACCAACACAACACUUACCGUGGAAUUACAAUGGCUCGUGGAAUCUUGGUCACGAUGCUAUAUAAGAAAGCCAGCACUACGACUCUCAGCAAUGCUGAUCCCGCCAACUCCCUUACCCUGAUGAGCGCAGAUGUUGAGAGAAUUACCAACGGAUGGCAGACCAUGCACGAGAUUUGGGCUAAUUCUGUGGAGAUUGGACUUGCGAUCUAUCUUCUGGAGCGACAACUUGGAAUAUCCUGUGUGGUCCCUGUUGCUGUGGCGCUUCUCGCACUGUUCGGGUCUCUUGUUGGUAUGUCUUUCGUGGUAGCCCACCAGGCUAAGUGGUUGGAAGCCAUUGAGAAGAGAAUUUCUUCCACGUCUGGCAUGCUAGGAUCCAUCAAGGGUGUCAAAAUGCUCGGACUGCAAGACUCCUUUAUGAAAUUUGUUCAUGGUCUGCGUAUUGAUGAGUUAACCAUCUCUAAAAAAUUCCGUACCCUCUUGGUAUGGAACAUGGGAUUCGCAUGGUUGACCCGCAUCUUCGCUCCCAUUUUCACCUUUGGAGUCUAUGAGGGCAUUUCGAGCAACUCCCUGACAGUCUCCCGAGUCUACACUUCUCUUGCCCUCUUUUCUCUACUUUCAGAUCCGCUCUUGACUUUGGUUAUGGCUCUCAUGUCCUACGCCGGAUCAGUGGGAUCAUUCGUCCGCAUUCAAGAAUUCCUUGAGAAGGAAGAUCACAACGACCACCGACGCCAAUCUCCUCUUCUACCUUCCCUAGAGGAUCUGGGUGAGGCCAAGCUUCUCUCCAAGUCGGGGGAUUUGGAUAUGUCAUCAAGCAACUCCGAGUCGGUCGAGUCUUUCAAGCGUGGCUCGUCCUCAUCUACUACCAAUUCUGCCAUGAUCCAAAACGGCACUUUUAGCUGGGCUGUUGACCAGGAGCCUGUGCUGCAAGAUAUCAGCUUUACCGUUCCUCGUGGAAGCUUUACUAUGAUCAUUGGACCCUCAGGUUGUGGCAAGUCAACUCUUCUCAAGGCGCUUCUUGGUGAAAUCCCCUGUUCCGAUGGCAAGAUUGAGGUUUCCUCCGGUAGUGUUGCUUUCUGUGAUCAAACUCCUUGGCAUAUGAAUGGUACUAUCAAGGAUAGUAUCGUCGCCAUGUCAGACUAUGACCCCAGGUGGUAUGCGACUGUUCUUCAGGCAUGUGCUCUCGAAGAGGAUCUUGGACAUUUCCCUCGUGGUGACCGCAGUGUUAUUGGAAGCAAAGGUGUUGCCCUCAGUGGAGGCCAGAGUCAGCGUAUUGCUCUCGCUCGUGCUGUUUAUGCUCGCCGCAAGAUUAUCAUUUUGGAUGAUGCCUUGAGUGGUCUGGAUGCCACCACCGAGAACCACAUUUUCCACAGCCUGUUCGGACACAUGGGACUUCUGCGAGAGACUGGUACUUCGAUGAUUGUUGCUUCUUCUUCUGUCAAACGUCUCCCUUACACUGAUCAUAUCGUUGUUUUGGACACCGACGGUCGCAUUAUGGAACAGGGAAGCUUUAGCGCUCUGACCAAGACUGGUGGCUAUGUUUCGAGCUUUGGACUCCUCGCACCUGACUGGGACUAUAAGCCUAAGCGAUUUUCCGAGUCGCCUAGCUACAGUACCAUUGACUCGAUCGAAAAGGAGAAAGAGGACCUUAUUCAGGAACCUGAGCACCGUGACACUGGUGGAGACCUUGGAAUCUACACUUACUACAUCAACGCUAUCGGAUGGGUCCCCGCAAUGGUCUUUGUUGUCGCUAUGGCUGGUUUUGUCUUCUCCAUUUCCUUCCCCACUAUCUGGGUGCAGUGGUGGGCUGAGUCCGACACAGCUCACCCCAGGGCCCAGCUCGGCUACUAUCUUGGUAUCUACGUGAUGCUCGGUUGUCUGGCCAUGAUCUGUCUGCUUGUUGGUUCCUGGCAAAUGAUCAUUACCAUGGUUCCCAGAUCUGGAGAGUCUUUUCACCGCAGACUAUUGACCACUGUUCUAAGUGCGCCUAUGCUGUUCUUCUCCACCACUGACAGCGGCUCUAUUCUUAACAGAUUCAGCCAGGACUUGCAGCUCAUUGACAUGGACCUUCCUAUUGCGGCCAUCAAUACCAUCGCAACGUUGUUUCUUUGCAUGGCCCAGAUGGCUCUUAUCGGAGUUGGGUCAAAGUAUGCGGCUAUCUCUUUCCCCAUUGUCCUUGGAAUCCUUUUCCUCAUUCAGAAGCUUUACUUGCGCACCUCUCGUCAACUACGGUACCUAGACCUUGAGGCCAAGGCUCCCUUAUUCUCUCACUUUACCGACUGUCUCCAGGGACUCGUCACUCUGCGAGCCUUUGGCUGGCAGCAUGGUAUGGAGAAGAAGAAUAUUGAGCUUCUGGAUAUCUCGCAACGCCCAUUCUACUACAUGUUUGCCAUUCAGCGCUGGUUGACUCUCUCACUUGACUUCGUCGUUGCUGGUAUUGCCAUACUGUUGAUUGUGCUGGUUGUUGUCCUCCGCGGCACGUCUCUCAACGCCGGCGCUGUCGGCGUUGCACUCCUCAACGUUAUCCAGUUCAGCCAGACUAUCAAGCUUGCGGUCACUUUCUGGACAAACUUAGAAACCCACAUCGGCUCCAUUCAGCGCAUCAAGGACUUCACCAAAACUGUUGAAUCCGAGGAUCAGCCCGGUGAAGAUCGAGGAAUUCCUCCUAACUGGCCCUCCAAGGGUGCAGUCAGCUUCCAGUCGGUUUCGGCAGCCUACAGACCCUCGGAGCCGGUUCUCAAUGAAGUGUCUUUGACCGUCCAAGCCGGUGAGAAGGUCGGCAUUUGCGGCCGAACGGGAAGUGGCAAAACAUCCAUGAUCAUGAGCAUCUUCCGCAUGAUUGAGCUUACGAAUGGUUCCAUCACGGUGGACGGCGAGGACAUCUCCCGACUACCGAGACGGGAAAUUCGCGCCCGCAUCAAUGGAGUCUCCCAGGACUCGCUCUUGUUCAAGGGUAGCGUUCGGCUGAACGCUGACCCAACCGGUUCAUGCACAGACAAAGACAUCACAUGCGCCCUGAAGACCGUGCAGCUCCUCUCUGCAAUUGAAGAGAAGGGCGACCUAGACACCGAUAUCGACGAGAUCCACCUGUCACACGGCCAGAAGCAGCUCUUCUGUCUUGCGCGGGCAAUCCUUCGCCAGGGCAAUAUCCUCAUUCUCGACGAGGCGACCAGCAAAAACGCAGGACGAUUGCUAAUCGUCAGCAGCAUCGACACCAAAACAGACGAGAUUAUGCAACGCGUCAUCCGUGAGAAAUUCUGCAGCCACACGAUUAUCUCUGUGGCGCACAAACUCGAUACAAUCCUCGAUUAUGACCGUAUCGUGGUGCUGGACGCCGGCCGGAUCGUAGAGGUCGGUGAGCCGUUCGCCUUGCUGACGGAGCCCAAGUCUCACUUCAGUAAACUUUACGCGAGCGCGAUGGCGUCAGAAGAUUCGGAUUAG